AUGGCUCCUACUGCGAUCUCGCGAGUUGCUGGUUUUCUCGGAAUUACAUCCCUCAACGCAACAGGACGAGAUGCUUAUAUCAUCAUAUCGCUGCGUUCCCUACGCAUGUUCACGGCCGGCAUACCGAGUCUUAUUCUAGCCCUCUUCUUCUCCUCGCUGAAGUUUCCCGAUGGGAGGAUUGGAGUCUUCAUGACUUUGACACUGCUUGGAGAUGUCUUGCUUUCGUUGCUACUUACCCUUGUGGCGGACAAGCUUGGCCGGAGACGAAUUUUAUUCAUGGGAAGUGUGAUGAUGGCUGGCUCAGGCGUCGCAUUCGCGCUUUCAGAAAACUUCUGGAUUCUGCUCCUCGCUGCCGUAUUCGGCAUUAUAUCUGUCACUGGUGCCGACUGCGGUCCAUUCAGGGCUGUUGAAGAGAGCAUACUAAGUGGAUUGACGGAUGACAAGACCCGAAGCGAUGUAUUGGCUUGGUAUGUUACAGCGACAACAAUGGCAGGAGCAAUUGGAGCAGAGGUCGCCGGAAGAACGGUACAUGCACUCGAGAAGCACAGCGGAAAUGUGACCAAGGCAUAUCAUACCUUGUUCUGGGGAUACGCAGCCUUUGGUGUCCUCGGAAGCAUUCUGUGCCUGUGUCUGAGCAACAGAUGUGAAGUUGCCGGUGAAAAGCAUGCAGAAAUGAAUGAACGAGGACGAGGUGGACAUGACGAGGAAGAAGAAGAGGUACUUCUGGAAGCCAUGACUCCCAGCACCACCGACGGGUUUGAGGAAGAUCGCAACAAUAUAGGAAGACAGGCCAACCCGAGAGUCGCACCAUCCGCGAAGAAAGCAAGUUACUUCAGUCAGAUAUCGAAGCCUACUCGAUCGAUCAUGUUCAGGCUUUGGAUUCUUCUGGCCAUUGAUAGCUUGGCAGAUGGUAUGACUCCUUACUCGCUAAUGAACUACUACGUCGAGCAGAAGUUCCACGUCCCUAAGACGACACUCGGAGACAUUACAUCAGCCUCGCAAUUCCUCUGCGCUGUCGGUGCAAUCUUCGCCGGACCGCUGGCUAAACGUAUCGGUCUCAUCAAUACGAUGGUGUUCACACAUAUCCCAUCCUCACUUGCUAGUGCUUUCAUCCCGCUACCAUCGGGUGUUGGCUGGACAGUGGGCCUACUAUUAUUUCGAGCUGCACUAAACAGUAUGGAUCAAGCCCCUCGUGCGGCCUUUAUCGCUGCAGUCGUAAAGCCAGAGGAGCGCACAGGUGUCAUGGGUAUUACGGGUAUGCUGCGUACGCUAGCGGCUAGCGCUGGACCAUCAAUCACCGGCUUCCUUUCUGGACACGACAACUUCUGGAUUGCGUUCUUGGCAAGCGGCGCUUGCAGAAUCACAUAUGACCUCGGACUGUGGGUGUUGUUCGUGAAUGUCAAGGUUAACAAAGAUGCUGGGAGAGAAGAUGAUGUUGAGAGUCUAGAUGACGAGGCCCUGGCUGGAUUGGUAAGCGAUACGGAUAGUGAUGAUGAGAGCGACGGAAGGAAGAGCAAGGAUAGCUCUUAG